ACCACUAGCCGAAAUCUUCCGAGGGUUUUUGUUUGUUUAGUUUCGGAAAGCGUGCCUCGAAUCCUUUACGAUCCUUUUACGAUUUAUUACUCUCCCACUAUUGUUUAUUUUCUAACUCGUCGACUGCCAUUGUCCGUCUUUCCUCUGUCUCGUUGUUCCGAUUUCAGGAUUCCGAUAACCGUUUGCGUAUUUAAACCUCAACGAUCGAUAUCACGUGAAUUUCAUGGUCAGCGAAAAUAGCCUUUUCGGAUUUAUGGUAAUUCACGGUCCGUUCUUCGCGUUUCGAUAAUAAUCGAUGACGGGCAUCAGUUUGCCACUUGCUCGACAUUGCAAGUGCAACAAACAGCCGAUGCCAUGGUUUCCUCCAACGUUGUUACUAUUCCGCGCGCUUGUUGUAUCGAAAAAUUAUCGAGAGAAGAGAAAUUAAAGGAAAUGUACAAUAAUAUACGCUGCAAUCGCAUAUUUGUAAUUCGGGAAAAGAAUGUUGGAAAUCGUCAUCAGUCAUCCCGCAUCGGUCCCAUCGUAAAGAUUAAAUCCUGUUAGUUCUUGGUAUGGAUACUCGAACGAGGUUUCAAAUUUCGACACACAUCCGGAAAUGAAGAACGAUAUUUCAGUUUUAAUUUGUAGACAUGGUAAAUUGAAAAACGUAAAGAAUUCGAAUUCGGCGGUAAAUUCGAUUGGCAGCAGUCGAUGGAAAAGUUGUGUUUGCAAGUAUCAUCGACGAUUGACGCGUACGAUUGUCAAGAGGUAGUAAAUAUUUGGUUCGAUCGGUGACGGCCGCAGCAGCAGUGAGGCUCUCGUCGUCAAAGAAGAAUACAAAGAGAAACGGAAGAAUAAAUGAUACGAAGCAAACGAAAGAAAAAAGAGGAGGUGGGAAUAGGUUGGCAAGCGAUAGCGCGUAAGAAACGCAAAACCGAAGGAGGAGUGAAUACUAGAAGAGACAGAAUGUGUGAGAGAGGGGGGUGGGUCAGUAGAAGCUCGCGGCGCGGCGCGGCGCGGCACGGUGCGGCACGGUGCGGAGCGGAGCGAAGAGGUGGGACAAUGAGACUGGGAUAGGGGUGGUCGGGCGAAGGGUGAGAUAGGUAGAGUGGGGUGAAACUGAGAGGGGAUGCCAGGCCAGUUCACCCUUACUAGCCGUAGCUCGAGUCGUCAGUGCGGCCUGAACGGUUAAUCGGCCUACUUCUCUUUCGAAUAGUUGUCGCCUUGAUUUCUCUCUCUCUCUUUCUCUUUUUCUCUUCUUCUCCUCUCCUCCACCCCCCCCACCCUUCUCAUUCUCUCUCGUGUUCGUGAUUUGCGUCGUUCAAGUCAAAGUCAAAGUCAAAGUCGAAAUCGAAAUCGAAAUCGAAAUCGAAAUCGAAAUCGAAAUCGAAAUCGAAAUCGAAAUCGAAAUCGAAAUCGAAAUCGUCGUCGCCGUUGGUGAUUGUGGUGGUGUCGUUUCUAUCGGCAAUUACGAGCGCGAAAGUUGGAGUCAAAGAUCGCAAUUGCAACUCCAAAGAGCGGAAAAGCUCGUUCGGAAGAGAGAGGAACGUCCAUCCGUGGGUCGACUCGUGGCUCGGUGUGCUCGAAUUGUUACGACAACAGACUGGUCGUCGAACGAAGGAUAACGAAAGUUGCAGAGAAACAAGAAAACGUCAAGUCAGGAUCGACAGUCGACGUCGACGUCGACGUCGACGAAACACAGCAGCCGCCGCGCCGAGCAGCGAGGAACGACAACGAGUUAGGCGAGCAGCGGACUGGACAAGCAGUUCCAACCAUCCAACUUGCAACGUGUCGAGUCGAAGGUUCCGCGCGAAUCUUGUUUCUCGUUACUUGGCAUCGUCGUCGAACUGGACACACAGGAACGGAGAAGGUGGCGACCGCGACGGUGCUCGCUCUAUUGGAAAUUCAGCAAUGAUUGGUGAACAGGGAAUAUAGACGGUUCCGGGUAGGAAAGCGUGGAUCUUGUCCCUCGCAGGAUCGAAGGAACGGUCCUUUAUCUGGGUCACCGUCUUCGCCGUUACCUCACCCUUCCCCCUCACGUACACCUUUGAUAGCUUCAACCAUUUGAACACCGACUCUACAGCCACGGAGCAAGCUGGAAUAUCGUCUACAAAUAGAACGAACAGCACGGUAGCCCUAAAUGCAAACCGUGGGGAAUAUAUCGUACAUUGACAGAAUUUGCCGCGAUAAGUGGCCGUUGAAGUUGCAGUAAUUUCAGAACGUCUCCAUGUUCGGGUAAACUGCGAAGAUGAAAGAGCUUAUUUGCUUCUUUGUUAUGUACAAGUAAUCUUUCUAAGAAAUAAAUAUUCGACAAAUGUUUUUCACAUUUGACUUGCAUAUCAGGCGGUAGAUUACGUGAAAAGCGAACCGCGCCAAGACCAAGUAUCGAGAGAAACGCGGAAAGAGGCUGGCGAAAAGCAUAAAUAAACGAGAGGUAUAGCUGUAUCGAUCAGUCAGGAUGAACCGCGUCGUCUGGGUCGCGUAGUUGCCAGCUUCGAUGUCCGGUUGUCCCGAAGGAAUGCGCAACUCGGUAAAAAAAAAAAGAAAAAAAAAACAGGUCGAAAAGAGUCCUCUGUAACCCCGCGCCCCGCUGGAUCGCACCGCACCGCACCGCACCGCACCGCACCGCACCGCACCGCACCGCACCGCACCGCACCGCACCGCACCGCACCGCACUGCACUGCACUGCACUGCACUGCACUUGCACUCUUCUAACCUCUCUUCCUCGUUGUAGUACGCGCGCGCGCGCGCGCGCUUAAUUGAGUUUCAUAGAAGACACGAGUCCGGCCAAUGUCGUCUCUUCCGAUGAUAGAUUUGAUAUCCAUAUGUACCUAUUGUCAUCGGAAGGAACAGAAUGAUCUUACGAGAACACGAUGCCGAAAAAGCAAAGUUCCUUGACGAAAUUCGAGGCGCUGAUGGUGGUAAGCUUAACGGUGGUCAUCCAACUGAAUGGCUGUUGGAGUUUACCAUCGCAUAGAAGUAGACAUCACGCGGACAUGUCCCACGAGGACGCGAAAGGUUUCGGCAGAACGAGCGAGGAGCUACCGAGACCAGCUGCCCUCAAUUCGAACGACGAUCCGUUGAUAGUCGAGACCAAGAAGGGCAAGGUCAUGGGCAAGACCAUGACUGCCACCACGGGAAAGGAGGUCGACGCCUGGUUCGGAAUUCCUUACGCGCAGAAACCACUCGGACCUCUGAGAUUUCGGCAUCCGAGACCAGCGGAACGGUGGUCGGGGAUCUUGAACGCCACCACGCUACCGAAUAGUUGCGUGCAGAUUCUGGACACGGUGUUUGGCGACUUCCCAGGCGCUACUAUGUGGAAUCCAAACACGCCGCUUAGCGAGGAUUGCCUUUACGUGAACGUGGUCGCGCCACGGCCUAGGCCUACCAAUGCCGCUGUUUUGGUAUGGAUAUUCGGUGGUGGCUUUUACUCUGGAUCAGCGACCCUCGAUGUUUACGAUCACAAAACGUUGGUGUCGGAAGAAAAUGUGAUUUUGGUCUCGAUGCAAUAUCGAGUCGCCAGCCUGGGUUUCCUCUACUUCGGAACGUCGGACGUACCUGGGAAUGCCGGGCUGUUUGAUCAGCUGAUGGCCCUCGAGUGGGUCCGUGACAAUAUCGCUGCGUUUGGCGGAAAUCCUGACAACGUGACCCUGUUCGGGGAGAGCGCGGGUGCAGUUUCCGUUUCUAUGCACCUACUUUCGCCUCUGUCAAGGCACUUGUUUAACCAAGCCAUCAUGCAGUCAGGCUCACCCACAGCUCCGUGGGCCAUCAUUAAGCGCGACGAAUCGAUAGUGCGUGGCAUCCGACUGGCGGAGGCCGUCGGCUGUCCUCACGAUCGCGAGAACUUACGGGAGGUGAUCGAUUGCUUGAUAAACAAGGAUCCGGUGGACCUUGUGAAAAACGAGUGGGGCACUCUCGGUAUUUGCGAAUUUCCUUUCGUGCCCGUUAUAGACGGCGCCUUCCUCGACGAGACGCCGCAACGCUCCCUGCUCACCGCAUCGUUCAAGAAGGCCAAUAUCAUGAUGGGCUCCAACACCGAGGAGGGUUUCUAUUUUAUCAUUUAUUAUCUGACCGAACUGUUUCGCAUCGACGGCGCCGAGGACGUCAAGGUCAGCAGGGACAAGUUUGUUACUGCCAUCACCGAACUGAACCCGUACGUCAGUCAUAUCGGUCGGCAAGCGAUCAUCUACGAGUACACCGAUUGGCUGCGCCCGGACGACCCGCACGCGAAUCGCGACGCUUUAGACAAAAUUGUCGGCGACUAUCAAUUCACCUGUAACGUUAACGAAUUCGCUGGUCGAUACGCGGAUACGGGAAACGACGUUUACAUGUAUUACUACAAGCACAGAUCUGCUAAUAAUCCCUGGCCGAGAUGGACUGGUGUGAUGCAUGCAGACGAGAUCAAUUACAUCUUCGGGGAGCCAUUGGACCCCUCGAAAGGUUACACGUCGGAAGAAGUGGCCUUGUCCAAGAGGAUGAUGCGGUAUUGGGCAAACUUUGCAAAAACGGGAGAUCCAAAUAUUGGUACCGAUGUUGGAUCAUGGAGCGCGCCUUACUGGCCGCCGCACACAGUCGCGAACAAAGAGUAUCUGACCCUGGACACCAACAACUCCGAAAUCGGAAACGGGCCUAGAGCGAGGCAGUGCACUUUUUGGAAAAAGUACCUUCCCGAACUUCUCACCGCUACUUCGAAACUGGAACAUGCCUCGAAAGAGCCAUGCAGCGGCACCAGUUCGAACCAUGGUAAACAUCUGAUGAUUGCGAUCACGAGCCUGAUGCUGAUCGCCGGGAUGUUCGAUCACAGAAUCGGUCUUGUACCGAACUUUGACACCAGAGGCUUCGUUUAGCUCUUGCACCAAGACGCCCGGACCGUCCUCGAUCGUUGAGGAAAUUAAGAUCGGUUUACGAGACGUAUGAACAAGUCCGAAAAUACGCACUGGCGGAACGAGGACGAGCAAGAAUGAAGAAACUUGCAGACAACGCAACAGUCGUAUAAGCUGUCGCGACGAGUCGACGGUAUCGCUGAUGACCAGACUGGAAUCAACAACAAAAAUGGAAAAAUACAAAAUUAUAAACAGACAUAUCAAUGCGGUCAUGUGUCCUCGAUUGGCCGAGCGCGCUCGACGAGUCCAUGUUUCGGUGGUGAUAGCAUACGUACACGGGCAGACCUACGGAAAUCUCUUCGAGAUACAGAAUGGUAGAAACUGUAUACUAGACGAGAGGAGGACACGAGAAUCUUGUUCAACUCGAUGUCAUGGAAAAGUGCCAUUUUAUUUCUUUUUCUUUUUUAUUCUGUCAACGGAUCAGGAAUUGGCUCUGGCUGCGAAGCAAGACGAGGACGGGGACGGGAGAAAAAGGGCAACGGCAAGGGCAAGAUCAAAAUUAAGGAUAAGGACUGAUCAGUGAACGAAACCGUAGUUUGCGAUUCUGACGGAGCCGCGGUCACAGAAGACGAGAGUAAUCGAAGACAAAAAUGAGACUGCUACAGCAAACGGUUGAAACAACUUCAACUUUGAAUUUCAUUAAGCACGAUAAAAUAUAUCGUUAAUAAGAGGAAAGAACUUGCGAAUCGGACGGGUGUUGUUACGCGCUCGACAUCGAUUCGAAAAAAAAACCUUUCGAUAACCUCAGUCGCGGUAACAUGCAUUCCAAUCCGGGCAUCUUAACGGGAGCUACAACUACUCGUACUAAAAUUUACCAUCGCGUCUCGUCCUCUACUUUCCAUCGUGUUUGUAAUAUCACUCGUCGCAUUUUCUUCCGUUUUCCAUCAAUCGAAUCGCGAUCGAAUAGAAACCAAACGAAAUGAAACAAGUAGAAUCGGAUCAAUUGACAUUUUUUUCAAAUAUUGCUUUUUCCCUCGGUAAUGGAUAUAUUUCGGCGAGGUUCAUCGUAACGUUGUGACGCGCACACAGAACACGCGAAACAGAGGAUCUAAACUUGGAAUCGAGGAACAAGCGGGUACUUUUUAGAUUCCUACUUGUUACGUGUCCUUUUAGACGAAUGUUGGCCGACGCAUGAAAAUUUGCCAGCAAGACAUCGAGUCCUCGUAAAAUGUCUUCAACUUUCAACAAUCUCCCUGAUCACGAAAAAGUAAAUUAAUCUUUUCGCUAAACAGUUUGUAUGCAUAUGUGUAUUUAAAUGUACACGAGCUCACGCGCUAAUGUGCGCGAGUGGGUGUACGCGUGCGUGUGUAUAUGUGUUCGUACGAGUGUGCGUAAAUGUUGAAAACGUUGUUGGGAUUACUUUGCAAAGGACAUAGAUGUUGUAUAUACAGUAUGGUAUAUGCAGAUAAAUAAUAUUCAAUCUAGUAUUUUAUCUUUUUAUUUAGCUGGCAAGGCGUUGACGCUGAAUCGACGCGAUACGUGCGACGUCUGUUUUUACAAAAGUAACGAUGAAAAUGAUUUUCUUAAACAAUUGUUUUCAAAGAAAAUCACGAUUAAAUGUUGUCUCCUUAGAAAUAUGGCUCGCAGUUUUCUGAAUGUUUGUUUUAUCUGAAUUUUCCAAAGAAAAAAAGGAUACAUCCAGCGCUCGAUGCGACAGCAUUAAGCAAUAUUUGUCGGCCUAAAACUGCAAGAUGAAACAAAAGCACGUCGAUACCGCUGGAAUCGUAUACAGGAAAUUAAAAUUAAUCCAAGUUUGUUGCUUGCAACGCUGUGCCCCGCCUUGCCAAAGUUCUUACUCGGUUGGAUAACGCGACGAGUUUUCAGUCGUCGAUUGCAACUUACGCGUAAAAAUUACAUUUUCAUUUCCUUCUUUCUCGAACAGACCGUUCGUUUUUCCGUGGAAUUUUAUCGUCGCGAAAUAUAAAGCAAUUUCAACGUUAGUUAGGCUAUUCUAAAGCGUAAUCGUAAAGCUUUCGAUUACGCACGGGCUACGGCAAACAGGUUAAAGCAAUUUAUGACAUGUAUGAAAAAUGACAUGUAACGGCGAACCACAAAAACAUCAAACAAUGUCAAACGCAAAGUUGCUUUUUCCACAAAAAACGUUGACGUUUUUCUCGUCGCAAACAUUUUCUCACUUCCCAUGCAGGCUCUUCCAAAAUGAAUUCAAUCUAACGGAAUUUUCGAGCAACGUUAUACCGACACGACGUACACAACUUAUAACUAAUCGACGCGAGAAACGUGACGUCGCUAAUAAAAAUAAAUCGAAUAUCCGACACAUUUGCGCCGUCGCGUUGGCGUCGGUGAACAGCGGAAACACGAGCAGUAAAGUUUAAAUAAAUCACUCCAGUUCCUGGUCACGUUCCACGAGAAGAAAACAAAUCGAAUCCUUCGAAUUACCAAAAGAGAAAGAAAAUAAUUAAAUAUUUCUCCAUGCCAAGGUUGG